UCCCCCUCCACGUGCCAACUCCCGUGUCCUUUGUCCACGCCUCCCCAGUUCUUAUAGCGCAAAUGGCGGCUCGUGAAUCCUGAUCACAUCGUCACAUCCCCCAUCCCUAUCGCCUUGCUACUACUUCGGGCCCGAGCACGAAGCCAUUUUUGCAUCUCUGCGAGCGACUUGGAAGUUGAGAUCCACUUUGCAGCGUCAAAGAUGAAGCGGCUGCUCGUUCAUGGCGGGAGGGGAAUCGGCUGCCCCUCCAGGAGCGCCGUGGGAGAUCCCUCCGCCCUGCCCGCGCUCGGCAACAGCGUUCUACUGCCCAGGCACCACUCGACAGAGAAACACGACGACAGUGACACGCUGGGCGAAAUCGGAGAGAAGGCACGAACGACGGCGGAGGAGUUCCUGAAAAUGGCCAAGGAGAAGACCGACGACGUCGCCGAGGGCGCAAAGGAGACGGUGCACGAGACCAAGGAAGCGGUGCUCGGCGAGUCCGACGACGAGAAGGAGAAGUUCAAGCAGCGGGUCGAGCAGGGGAGGUACGAUCAGAAAUAAGUGGGAGGUGUUCCCUUGUUGUAUGCUCGAGUGCGUGCAGUCAUGGCCUGUCAAGUCACUAGCUCUGCAGUUGGUAUGUCAACCACUAGGCUUGGUAUCUAGUAGUAGGUGCUACUGUAUGUGUAAUGUUUCUCCCCCCUUCAGUUCAGUGGCCUUCAGCACUACAAUCUGAUCUUGGUACUACUAUACAAGUUGCCACUACCCGCAGAAUAAAUAAUAUUGAGCUUCUGAAUUA